CGUUCAACAAAGCGGCUGAUUGCAAUUUGUCGACGCAUCUCAAAGGAUAUAAAAGCUUUCUUGGAAGAGACUUCAAACUUAUGAUUCAGAUGCUCCCAAUUGUUCUUAGAGUUGCUCGUGAUCACAUUGAUUUCCUCAACCUUCGUAAUGAUCAAUUCCACCGAAUGGAUAACGUUAUUAGUACUUUGGACAAGCUUGGUGAGCUUUACUCAUUGUGUUAUAACUGUGAGAUACAUACCAACGUUUCUGCCUAUCUCGAUUUAUUGCGUCAAUGCGUUGAUGAUACUGUUAUUGCUCUGGAUAACCUUGAUCGUACCGUUCUUCCCAGUAACCGACGUACUCGUGGAGAGCCAGCAACAGCAAGGACAACUGCAUCAGUGCCCGGUCAGACUACUUUUGAAGAGAUCUAUGGUCUUUCUGGUGAACAAUACCAACAAACAAAACCUUCUCGUCAUUUGGCUCUUAUGAACGGUCGUGAGGUAAUGCUGAGAAGUAUUGCGAUGGGUCUUGUUUGGGAUAACGGUAUGAAAACUUGUGGUAGUCUGGUCAAAGCGUUGUUCGAUAGGUACAGUGAGGACAUGUACUAUUCUGCUAAUCGAGAAUUCGGCAGUACUGAAUAUAUUGCUCGAAAGAAGAUUGCUUUGAACAUGACGGCUAUUCUCGAUGUUGACUUGGAUUCUCUUGGGGCGCGUCGUCUGCUUGGAAAGGUCGUAAAACGUCGCGGCGAUCAGGCUAUUGUUGAGUUGUAUGAACUUGUUCCGAGGCCAGCCUUCGGGAUUCACGAUGACAGUAGCCUCAUUUCUGUCUAUCAAGCUGACUUAGGUGGUAAUCUCGUCACCAAAAAAACUGAAGAAAUCUUGGACUUGCUGAAGUAUAAACUGACUAUGGUGGAAUUGCUUGACAUGUCUCAGGAAACUGAGAUUGACACUGUCAAGUAUUCUCUUAUCAACAAGUGCAAGUUCGGUACUUUCUGGUGGCUGCAUAACACUAAUCGUUAUUUCAAAAUUUUAGAAAAUGAAAGAAAGUAAUCAUUUUGUUUUUUUUUACAUGUCAUUUUUCAAAAAAAGUAAAAGUCUCUUCCAUUUUGUUAUCCAAUAAAAAUGCUUAGC